GAGAAAUAAAACUAAAAGAAGGAUCAUGGAGAGGACGGUACGAAGUGGAAUAAACGCCCGGAAGUGGCUGAAAAAGAAAAAGGGCCCGGAAUUUGGGGAAGAACUGCGACUCCACAGAACUGAACGAUCUCGGAGAGGAGAUACCAUCACAUCGCUCCAUAAAAUGAUCUUCGAGAUGGCAGCGUAUCAAUUGAAGAUCAACGUAGACCUGGUGGCUGAGGGUUACAUGGAUUCCGAAGAUCACGUUGCAUUUUUCAGGAGUUUCUGUGCUGUUAAUGGGAAGUUUCACAUCUUCUUUGCCUAUGGUGCCUUUGCUGAACUUCCUCUGACUUCAGGACGGUAUGAAACGCUGGAGAAUUGGCGCCAGAGGACUCGUAUUGAGAGAGUGACAAUGUCCAAUGAGGAUCCAACGGAUCUUACAGCCAAAUGUGCUCUAAUCUAUCGGGUAGAUAACACUGAGAAGAUCACACUGAAAAACUAUCAGGAUCUCACGUAUCAGCGCUCCUUUGAGGCUCUUAAAUCCGGAGAGACGCUCAUUACGAGAUUCACAGCAGAUUUGCAGGGAUUCGUGGAAUCUAAUGCCCUUGGGGUUGUUCAAGCUAACAUUGAUGCUUCCAUGUCGGAGGAGGAGGCAGCUUGUCUCCCCAAAACAUCCGUAAAUGAUCAAUUUAUGCGCUGUGUUGAGGAUCUCCGGAUGGUGGAUCAGAGAAUCCGUGAGAGGCCCCUGUUGGAGAUUGAUCAAAAAUUAUUCGAGGGCUUCCUCAUACGAGACGUGGUGAUUGCGGAAACGUCCAAAAAUCCCGAAAAAGUCCUUGAAAUUGAGAAGAUUUUCCUCAAAUGGAUGGUACAGAUUCGAAGAAUCCUCACUGAGAAUCAUCACAUUUAUCGGGAGAUCCCUUCAGUGGGUCCCCUCAGUGAGAUGCUUCACUGGAAGAAUGUCCUGAUGCAGUACACCUUUGUGGAGGCUGCAAUUGACACCCGGGAGUUUCAAAGUGUCCUCCAGUGUCUGACUCUUGCGCAAUCUCGUCUCUUAAAGGAAUGGAAGAAAAUCAAAGAAGAUCUCAACAAUUCUCUCAUUGAGACACGCGAUAUAAAUAUUUUCCUCGAAUCUCUUGGCAAAUAUUUUGAUGAUCUCCACAAGAAAUCCCCCGGGGAGGUGAUAAAUCAAUUUCCUGGCCUCCUGAAGAUUAUCCGGAGUGUCUCUGAGAAUUCCCAGCACUAUCAAUCUCCAAGGAAAAUUUGUGAAUUUGUUGGGGCUUUUAUAACACAAAUGGUCAUCCUCUGUAGGCGACACAUUGAGGAAGACAGCUCAGUGUGGUCUCAGGAGAGAUCAAAGCUAAUUGAGAGGAUAGAAACAGCGAGGAACUUCCUGAACACCCUUGAGGAGAAGUACAAACUCAUCCCUGAUUGGGAAUGUUCAAUUCAGCACAAUUUUAUGGAGAAGAAACUUCUAAUGGAGCGCCUGAUGAUGGUUGAGAAGAUUUUCAACAUUAUGGAUUCUUUCUCCGUGCUCGAUCGCAUCGUAAUGGCAUCAAUGGAGGAUUUUGGGAGGAAGAUGAAGGAGAAUUUUGCUGAACUUUCCAGCAAUCCACUCUCGCCGUUGGACGGCAAAAAUAAAUCCUUUUCCGAGGAUUUUGGGCGUUUUAUGCGACAAACGGCUGCAGUUGAGCGGGAAGUUGCUGAAAUGAUGACGAAUCUCGUGGAGAACUGCCAAACAGCCGCUGCAAUGCUACUGAUUGUCAAUCAGUUCAGGAAGUUCAAUUUAAACUGCCUCUGCAUCGAGAAUCAAUACGUCACAGUGGCAAGGAAGCUCAAUAAGGAGGCUCAAAGAGUUUAUAACAACUACAUGUUUAUGUUUGCAAUGGAGCAAUCUGCGCAAGAUUCAGAGCAAAUGAGUGCAUCUGAGGGCAUUUACCUCCUACGUGGACUCCUCAGGUCCAUUGAGGAUCCCAUUAAUGAGGUUUUGAGCUUCAAUUCGGUUAGAGUAAAUCAAGAAAUAUUCGAAGGUUUGCACUGCUUGGAUUGGAUACGCCCAAUCUUUGCGAAGAAGGAGAGAAAAUUGUACAAGAGGUGGUUCAUUGAAAUGUCCACGAUUGUUGCAAAAGCCCUCAAAGAGCCCGUUUUUAAGAGAGAUUUUGCAAAUAAUUCCGGCUAUGCUGUGAACUUCAAGCAGGUCAUCAAUCAAGCAAUUCAUGAGUCGGAUAAAAUGCAAAAGAUUGACCUGAAACUUCCUGCUGUAGGGAAGAUGUUGUUGGCUUCGAAGGAAACUUUGUUGCAGCAUCGUGAUGCUCUGUUGUUGUGCGCAAAGAAGGAUAGGCAAUUGAGGAGAUCUAUUCCGCAAAUAUUUCUCGAACUCAUGACCCCAUGGCUACGAAGAGUUGAUCGGCUGUUUAAGGAGGGACAAACUCUUGUUUGCUGGCAAUCAAGCACACUCCCAACGUUUAUUGAGAACCUCAAUGGGGUGUUGGAUGAAACGAAGGAUUUUGUGAAGCAAAUUUGUGAUUUUUCAUUGAUUGUUGAGGAGCAUCUUGCGGAGAUUUCCACGGAAAUCCUCCUAACUGUGCCACAAGCCCCAAUCCCCAUUGAAGAGUUCAAACAGCUGAAUUUUAAUCAUUUUCAGGAAGUUGUGAAAACUUUUCUAGCCAAAUCGGCAUACAUUGAAAAGAUUGUAAUUGGGAUGAUUGAAAAAUUCUGCAAUGGUGUGGAUUUUCCGCUGAAUGAUGAUGCGGAAAGGCCUCAAUUCCAGCAAUCUAGCGCCAAUUAUGGGGAAGAAGAUUCUUCUUUGCCAAUAAAUAAGUACGAUUGGAUUGAUUUUGCUAAUCUCCCACGAAGAGUGGACUUGCCAGCGAUGGAGGAGGAAGUUCUCUGGAGUGAUUUCGAUGCAGUUAACUUCAAUCUUCAGUAUUUCCACAAGAAUUGCAUGGAUGUAUUUAAUUUCUUCUACGAUCAAUUCCUGUCUAAACUUGGGAAUGUUUUUCUCAACACCCUUGACUUCCUGGCGUAUCAAAUGAGCAAAAGACAUGAGAAGGAUACUGGAAUAGUUCCAAUUAUUGCGAUAAAACUGAACCUGAAGAAGUUUAGAUUCACAAUUGAGCCUUCCUUGGAGGCGAUAAGAGAUCACAUGGGCGCUAUUUUCAAAGGAUUGCAAGGAUUUUUCAUGAAAAUCCCCUCAUGGGGCUUUCAGGCGAAAAUUAAGGAACGCCUGGCGAUGAAGGCGGGAAGCUGGGAGAAGAUCUACCCAAAGAAUGUUUACUCCUUCAUCCUCGAGAGGGUUGAUAUGACUAAGAGUUUGGAGAGUUUUGAAAUAAAUCCGGGAAAGGAAUUAGGGAGAAUUCUUGAGGAAUUUAAACGUGAUUAUGGGUACUUGUGGGAGGUGAAUAGAGAUGAGAUUAAUAGGCAAAUUGUAGACUCAGAACCAUCCUUGAUUGAGCUGCGUGAGAUCAUUGAGGAUCUUUCCAAUGAAAUACGCGUUGCAGAAGAAAGAAAAAAUGCUGAUUUCGACAUGAUUCCACUUAGGAUCUCCGUAUGGGAUGUCAUGGAGGAGAUUUUGAAGCUCCUGAAGUUGUGGCGAGAAGAUCUCUGUGUGGAUUUGCUGCAAAAAUUGAGGCGCAAAGUUGCACGAAGGACGAAAGUGGUUAACAAGUAUGGGAAGAUCCUCCGGGCUCCUGUAAAAAGCAUUGAUGACAUGAAGAAGAUCUUCGUUUACUUGGAAACAGUGAGUGAUGAUCGUAUGGAAACGGAUGAACUGCACAGUGAAGCCACGGAGAUGCUCUACCUUCUUAUAAAGCACAUUGACACUGUCCCAGAAACUUACAUGGAUGAGGUGUACGACAUGGGCGUUAAAAAUCGCGAGCUGAUGAAUCUCGAAGGGGCAAUGCGUGUAAAAUUGCAGGAACUCUUUGAACCCUUCCUCGAGGAUUUGCAACGGAAUAUGGAGAAUUUUUGCGCUGAAUGGGAAAAGUUUGAGGAAGAAUACGCAAAUGCUGGUCCUCUUGUACCCGGGAUCACAGCAAAGAUGGCAACAGAUCGUUUCUUUAUCUUCUCAAUGCGCUUCGAUGAGAUCUUUGGGCUGUACGAAGCAAAUCAGAGUGGACAGAAGCUCUUCAAUGUGCCCAUUGUGGAAAUUGAGGAGAUUCACGAGAGGAAGAAGCAAUUGGAUUCCCUACGGAGACUCUACGGGCUCUACAGGGAUACGCUGAACUUGGAGAAGAAGUACAAAGCUACUAAUUGGUUCAUACUGAAUGUCAUGCAGAUGAUGGAGGAUUUUAAGGAGAUUCAGAAUAAAUUCACCAAACUCCCGGCAAGUUUGCAUCAAUGGGAGGCAUACGGUGAGCUCAAGAGAAUCCUCAGUGGGCUCAAUGAGAUCUUCCCGCUGUUGGAGCUCUUGCGGAAUCCCGCAAUAAUGGAACAUCACUGGGAUAAUCUCAGUAAAUGCCUCACAGUUCAACUCUACCCUGAUAGCCCGGAAUUCACACUUGGCUCAAUCCUGGACACACCAAUCCUGGAAUUUCGUGAUGAAGUUGAGGACAUUUGCAUUGCAGCACUCAAGGAGAAGGAAAUUGAUGAGAAACUCCGGCAAAUUGAUGAAACGUGGUCAAGUAUGAAGUUCCCCGUGCUUCCGUUCAAGGAUCGUGGGAAUUUCCUGCUGAAGGGCAUGGAAACGCAGGAUUUGCUCAUUCAGCUCGAUGAUACCCUCCUCAUUCUCAAUUCCUUAGCUGCCAAUCGCUAUAACGUUGUCUUUAUGAAUCGUACCCUCCACUGGGUGGAUUUGCUAUCAAAGACAAGCACGAAUCUCGAUAUGUGGCUUCAGGUGCAGAAUCUCUGGCUCUACUUGGAGGCAGUCUUUGUGAGUCGAGACAUUUCACGGCAACUCCCCCUUGAGGCGAAACGUUUUGCCAAUGUUGACAUGAAUUUCUCACGAAUCGUCCUUCGAGCAUUUAGCAUUGAUAAGCUCAUUGAGUGCUGUACGCAUCAUGAUCUUCAAACGAGCUUCCCGAUAAUCAUGGAAGAGCUGGAGAAGUGUCUUAAAUCCCUGUCGAGCUACCUCGAGCGGAAGCGUAAACUCUUCCCACGCUUCUACUUUGUUUCCGAUGCAAUUCUCAUUGAAAUCCUUGGGCGUGCCUCCAAUCCAAAGGCAAUCCAGGCACAUCUCCUGAGUCUCUUUGAUGGGAUAGCAAGGGUGGAGUUUAGUGAAGAUGGUCAGGAGAGGAUUGAGGCUUUUCUUUCGAAUAAUGGCGAAAGGGUUCCUCUCGCAUCGCCAGUUUCCUGCACGGAGAGCAUUGAAACCUGGCUGGGGGAUUUAUUGAGGGAAAUGCAAACAACAAUCCGGAUAAUUGGCUCGGAUAUGGCGAAGGAAGUUGUGGAGAAUAGGGCUUUUGAUUUUGUGCGGGAAUUCAGUCAGUAUACAGCACAAAUGGGUAUUAUUGGGCUACAGAUUCUCUGGACGUACGGCAUGGAACGUGCCAUGAUGAAGAGUAAAAGGGAUUCAGGUGCAAUGAAGGAGUGCAGCACGUACUUCCUCAUUCUCCUGAAUAAGCUCAUUGAACAGACUGCCUUUGAAUUGACCCCAUUGGAUAGGACAAAGUAUGAGGCAAUGAUAACAAUUCAUCUCCAUCAGAGGGAUAUUUCGCGCCAACUCUACCUGGCCAAGGUGUCCAGUGCACAGAGUUUUGAUUGGGAGAAGCAACAGAGAUUCUAUCAUCUUGAGGAUACCGAGGAGAUUGUGAGCAGGAUUACAAAUGUGAAAUUUUUCUAUCAAAAUGAAUAUCUCGGGGUAACAGAUCGUUUGGUCAUUACCCCCCUUACGGAUCGUUGCUACAUCACCCUGGCGCAGGCGAUUGCAUUGAAUAUGGGUGGAGCACCAGCUGGUCCAGCGGGUACGGGGAAGACGGAGACAACGAAGGAUAUGGGAAAGAGUCUUGGGAAGUAUGUGGUUGUCUUCAAUUGUUCCGAUCAAAUGGACUUCCGUGGCUUAGGGCAGAUUUUCAAAGGUCUCAUGGAGUCAGGCUCAUGGGGAUGCUUUGAUGAAUUCAAUCGGAUCGAACUGGCUGUCCUGUCUGUGGCUGCUCAGCAAAUCUCUAUCCUGCUGACAGCACGAAAGAACAAUGUGCCCACUUUCACAUUCAGCGAUGGGGAUACCCUGAAGCUCAACAUGGAGUGUGGGGUGUUUAUUACAAUGAAUCCCGGCUAUGCUGGACGUCAGGAAUUGCCGGAGAAUCUCAAAGUUAUGUUCAGGAAUGUUGCAAUGAUGGUACCAGAUAGACAAAUAAUAAUUCGCGUCAAAUUGGCCAGUUGUGGCUUCAAGGAGAACAUUAUCCUUGCCCGGAAAUUCUUUACGCUCUACAAACUCUGUGAGAAUCAGCUCUCGCAGCAGAUUCACUAUGAUUUCGGCCUGAGGAACAUUUUGUCCGUCCUUCGGACACUUGGGGUACAGAAGCGCGCGAAUGUGGGUGAAAGUGAACAGGCUACCCUCAUGAGGGUUCUUCGGGAUAUGAAUUUGUCGAAAUUCAUUGCAGAGGAUAAGCCCAUUUUUCUCUCCCUCAUCCGGGAUAUUUUUCCAAGUGUUCGACUAAUUAGGGCACAACAGGAGAGCUUGCAGGAGACAAUUGCAAAGUACACGCAGGAGGAGAAGUUGAUCAAUACACCCGAAUGGAAUCUCAAGGUGCAGCAGCUGUAUGAGACGUGCCUCGUACGGCAUGGAAUAAUGGUGAUGGGAGAGAGUUUUUCCGGGAAGACAACAGCAAUGGAAGUUGUGCUUGAGCACUUCAGGAAGCUUGGACACAGCUACAAUACAAUCCGGAUGAAUCCAAAGGCAAUAACAGCAGCUCAGAUGUUUGGACGAUUGGAUGUGGCUACAAAUGAGUGGACAGAUGGGAUUUUUUCGGUUUUAUUCAAGAAAAUUGCCAAAGCUGCGGGAAAUGAGUACUUUUGGCUCAUCCUCGAUGGGCCAGUUGAUACAAUUUGGAUUGAGAAUCUCAAUUCGGUUCUGGAUGAUACGAAAACUCUUACACUUGCCAAUGGAGAUCGUAUAAUAAUGUCCCCAAAUUCCAAAUUAAUGUUCGAAGCGGAGAAUGUGGAUAAUGCAUCACCAGCUACGGUUUCCCGCCUCGGGAUGGUCUACUUUGGUUCAUCAGUUCUCGAAUGGAUGAACAUUCUGAGCAGCUGGGAGGCGAAGAACUCAAAAAAUGUUGUCAAGGCAGCUAAAUUGUGCUUUGAUCGUGGCUUCCGGGAACUUUUGGAGUUGAUCACAACGGAAUUAUCUCCCAAAAUGCAGAUCACACGCAAUGCCUAUGCAAAGCAAUGCACAGAGAUCCUUGAUACUCUCCUGAGUAACCAUAAAAACCCUCCGGAUGAUGAAACAGUGCAAAGAAUGACGAUUUAUUCAAUGAUUUGGUCUCUGGGUGCUGUCUUGGAUGGCAAUGAUAGGAGGAUCUUUGAGAAAUUUACAAGGAGUAACCUGGCUGAGCUUCCUUGGCCCCAAACUGAAGGGAAGCAGAGCAUUUUUGAUUUCUUCAUCAACAAAACAGGGAAUUGGGACUACUGGGGAUCAAAUAUCCCAGCAUAUGAGGUGCCUCCGGAUGAGGAAUUCCGCUUCACGCGAAUGAUUAUCCCAAAUAUUGAAAGCCUCCAGUUGACGCACCUCAUGAAGCUCCUGUGGAAAGCCAAGAAGCCAGUUCUAUUGCUCGGAGAGCAGGGAACGGGUAAAACGACAACUGUUGAGAAAUUCAUGGCACGUCUCAGUGCAGAGGAGAAUCUCUCGAAGACAUUAAACUUCUCCUACCUCACCACGCCGAAGAUGUUUCAGGGAAUCAUCGAGGGGAGUGUGGAUAAGCGCACGGGAGCUAUCUAUGGGCCACCAGGGCAUAAGAAGCUCACGCUGUUCAUUGAUGAUCUCAACAUCCCAAUGAUUAAUGAAUGGGGAGAUCAGACAACCAAUGAAAUUGUCCGGCAACUCAUUGAAUUUGAUGGCUUCUACUCCCUCACAAAGCCCGGAACAUUCACAAAAAUUGAAGAUUUGCAAUUCCUGGCAGCAAUGAUUAAUCCCGGUGGUGGGCAGAAUGAUAUCCCGAAUCGUCUCAAGAGGCAAUUUGCCAUUCUCACGAGUAUCCUACCGAGUGAAGAGUCCACAGAUCGAAUUUUCCGGGAGAUUGCACAAAAGUACUUCCUUCCGGGAAUUUUCAGCACGGAGAUUGUUGAAUUUAUCCCAACACUUGUGACAAUGACAAGGAAACUCUGGCAAAUUGCCAAGGAUAAUCUCCUGCCGUCCCCGGCAAAGUUCCACUACAUCUUCAACUUGCGUGGCAUCUCCGGCAUUUGGCAGGGAAUCCUCCAGAUUCAACCGGAACAAUGUAGAACCAUUCCGGAAAUAAUAAAGCUGUGGCUCCAUGAAACAAGGAGGAUUGUCUCCGAUCGAUGUGUUGAUGAAGAAGAUCGCCAAUGGUUCAAGGAAGCUCAACAGAAAAUCAGUGAGGAAUUCCUGGAAGAUUCUUCACAGCUUCCGGAUGCAAAUGAAGAGAUUUUCUUUGCAAAUUUCCUUCGGGACGUCCCUGUGCCGGAUGAGGAGGAGAGUCUAAGUGAAUCCGUGGAAGCUGUUAAAGUCUACGAAUCAGUGCGCAUUGAAGAGUGCAUGAGGAAGGUUCAGGAUUUCCUGGAUGACUUCAAUGCAACCAUUCGGGGUGAUAAAUUGAAUUUAGUCCUCUUCCAGGAAGCUCUUGAGCAUCUAAUCAUCAUCUCCCGGAUCAUCAACAUUGAGAGGGGCAAUGCCCUCUUAAUUGGGAUUGUUGGGUACGGGAAGAGAAGUCUCACAAGAUUGGCUUCCUUCAUUGCUGGCUAUGAAUUCCAUCAGAUCACCCUAACAGCAGGCUACAACACCGGGAACUUGCUGGAAGACAUAAAGACAGCCUACACAGCUGCUGGGCUUGGAAAGGGAGUUGUUUUCCUCUUCAGAGAAGCAGAUGUGGUGGAUGAGACCUUCCUGGAUCACGUAAAUAAUCUCCUAAUGUCUGGAGAAAUUCCAAAUCUCUUCACAAAGGAAGACUACUUUGACAUUCUCAAUGAGCUCUCAAUGCAGCUGAUGCGUGAUAAUCCUAAAGCUGAAUACACAAAUGAGGAAAAGAUGGAGAUGUUCAGGACGUCGGCAAAGAGGAAUUUUCAUCUUGUUCUCAGCUUCUCACCCAUUGGAACGAAUUUACGUGGGUGGGCUAUUAAAUUUCCCGGCUUGCUGUCUGGAUGUACGAUUGAUUGGUUCCAGGAGUGGCCGGAAAGUGCUCGAUUGGUUGUUGCCCGACGUAUUCUCGAUGAUCUUGACAUGGUUUGUGAGGCGGAAGUCAAGGAGAGGCUAAUACGGUCUGUGAGUGAUGUUCAUGGAAGCAUUGAGGAUGUGGCUGAGGAGUAUUUUGAGCGAUUCCGGAGGAAGAACUACGUCAUGCCAAAGAAAUUCUGCACCUUCCUUGAGAACUAUCGAGAUUUCUACGUGAAGAAGAAGGAAGAAAUUGAGAAAAUGUCACAGAGAAUGAGUGGGGGGAUCCAGAAGUUGCUUGAUGCAGCAGAUUCAAUUGAAAUUCUCAAAGUUGAAUUGCUGGAGAAGGAGAAGCACAUUGGUCAGGCCACGGAGGAAGCAACGAAGGCAUUGAAGCAUGUUGAGGAGUCAACACAAGUGGCUGAGGAAGUUCGCAAUAGGGUGAUGAAGAAGAUGACAGAUGCGGAGGAAUUAGUGAGAGAAAUUGAAAAGGAUAAAGCUGUUGUUGAGCAGAAACUCGAGGAAGCACGUCCAGCUCUCGAGGAAGCUGCGAAAGCCCUACUAAAAAUUAAAGCUUCGGACCUUGCAACUGUCCGGAAGUUGACGAUCCCACCGCAUUUGGUGAAGGUAAUCAUGGAUUGUGUGCUCAUCUACUUAAAUGGGAAGAUGGAGAGAGUUUCUGUGGAUAAAGAGAAGAAUUUUAUCAAUACUUCCUACAAAAUGUCCAUGAAAAUAAUGUCUGGGACGAAGUUUUUGCCAAGAUUGCGGGAUUUCAAGACUGAUCGCAUAAAUGAUGAGACAAUGGAUCUCCUUGUACCCUACUUCCGAUACCCAAAUUACAAUUUUGCCAGUGCUAAGCUUGCCUGUGGGAAUGUGGCAGGAUUGCUGCAAUGGACGCAAGCCAUGGUGAAGUACUAUGGGAUUAACAAGGAUGUGCUCCCGCUGAAGGAUGCUCUGAAAAUUGAGGAAGUAAAGAGGGAGGUUGCUCAGAAAGAUCUCGAGGAAGCACAAGAGAUGUUGCGCGAGAAGGAAGAGGAACUUGCUGUGCUCCAGGAGGAGCUCAAUAAAACAACAGCCCGGCAGGAAGUGGUCAUGACCGAAGCAAGGGAGUGUAAGAAUAAAUUGGAUGCUGCGUCUCAACUAAUAUCAGGACUUGGAGAUGAAAAGGUACGUUGGAGUGAACGCAUUGAGCAGUGUGCUUCGGAGAUUCAAAUGCUCAUUGGGGAUGUCUUCUACAUGAGUGCCUUCCUGACCUAUAGUGGGGUAUUCAAUGAGGAAUUCCGCCGGAAGAUUACGAAGUUGCUUAGUCAGAAGCUAACAGAGUAUAAGCUUCCUUGUCAGGAGGAGCAAAAACUCGAAGAAUUCUUCAUUGAUCCGAGUGUUGUGAGUGAAUGGAUCCUCCAUGGGUUGCCACAGGAUGAUUUUUCCACUGAGAAUGCCAUCCUUGUGACGCAAGCUACGAAAUUUCCCCUCCUAAUUGACCCUCAAGCUCAGGGAGUUGAGUGGAUUGAGGCGAUGGAGAAGAAGAAUGAUCUGUUGGUGCUGCAGCAGAAUAUGAAGGGAUUUCAGAUGCACGUAGAGGAUGCAAUUGAGGCAGGACGUGUUGUUCUCCUCAAGGAUGUGGAAGAGAAGCUUGAUCCGUGUUUAACGAAUGUCCUGGAGAAGAAUCUCCUGAAGAGUGGAACAAUGUUUAAGGUUUCAAUUGCAGGGAAGGAAGUUACGUGGAAUGACAACUUCCGUUUGUAUGUGGCGACAAAAAUGGAGAAUCCUCACUAUAGUCCUGAAAUUUCCACAAUGGUGAACAUUGUGGACUUCAAGGUGACCCUCACGGGGUUGGAGAAUCAACUCCUGAGUCGAGUUAUUCGCUACGAGAAGGCGGAAUUGGAACAAGAGAGGAUUGGCCUGGUGGAGGACAUCACGAGCAAUAUGCAGAUGAUGGAGAAGCUCGAGAGGGAUCUCCUUAGGAAGUUGUCAUCAAUUGAAGGGAGUAUCCUGGAUGAUGUUGACCUUCUAACGAUGCUGAAUCACAGCAAGACAACAUCCAUUGAUAUCCGGGAGAAAUUGAGGAGUUCCGCGGAGACACAGAAGGAGAUUAAUAAAGUUCGCGAAGAGUAUCGGCCAAUUGCAAAGAGAGGAAGCAUCCUGUACGCCCUGCUUUCGACUCUGCCCAAGGUGAGUCACAUGUAUCGCAUAUCCUUGGCACAGUUUCUCCUGAAAGUGGAUGAAUCUCUGGCGGAAGCAUCCGAAUGGGGUGGUUUGGUGAAGAGAAUUGCUUCAAUUAUCCAAAAACUCACAUUUAACGUGUUCACAUAUCAAAGUCGUGGGCUCUAUGAGGAACAUCGCUACACCUUUAUCCUCCUCAUGGCCAUGCAAAUUGAUCUUCAGCUUGAGGCAAUAAAUCAAGCUGAAUAUGACUUCCUUCUCAAAGGUGGUUCAUCUGUUGAUGCCUCAAGUGUGCCAAAGAAACCCUUUUCGUGGAUUCCGCAUGAUAUUUGGCUCAAUGUAGUUGAAUUGACAAAACUGAAGAGAUUCUCAGCACUUGUGGACAGCAUGCAGGAGAAGGAGAAACUCUGGCGUGCGUGGUAUGAGAAAUCAAGCCCGGAGAAUGCAUUGAAUCCCUUUGAGAAGGUUUCCGGAAGGAAUUUCAGUCAAUUCCAUCGACUUCUCCUCAUUCGUGCCUUCUGUCCGGAUCGUAUUUUGAGUCAGAGUUACAAGUACAUUGCUGAAUCCCUGGGGAAGGAAUUCCUGCAGCCAGUUAUGGUGAAUUUCAGUCAGUUGGUCAAAGAAAGUUCCCCCCUGACGCCUCUAAUUUGCCUCCUCUCAAUGGGAUCUGACCCAUCGGCGGAGAUUGCAGAUCUCGCAAAGAAAGAAGAAAUUCCCCUGCAGAGUAUUUCAAUGGGACAAGGUCAGGAGGAACUUGCACGGAAGCUCUAUGAGGGCGUUAUGAGGAAUGAAGGUGGAUGGUUGCUCAUUCAAAAUUCUCAUCUGGCUCUGGAGUACAUGGCGGAGCUUGCUCCGGAAUUGUUGGAAAGGGAAAAAUCACGGGAUUUCCCGGAAAAUACGAGAAUUUGGAUUACUUCCGCGCCCGUUGAGCAGUAUCCAAUAAUCCUCCUGCAAAUGUCAAUCAAGUAUACGAAUGAACCACCAUCGGGAAUCAAGGCUGGGCUCAAAAGGACCUACGCGAAUCUCACGCAGGAUGUUUUGGAUUAUUCAAAUUCCAAAUUCUACAUUCCUCUGAUUUAUGCCAUCUCCUUCCUGCACACAAUCAUCCAGGAACGACGAAAAUACGGACCAAUUGGAUGGAAUAUUCCGUAUGAAUUUAACACAGCCGAUCGCCUUUCUAGCUGCUUGUUCGUGCAGAAUCAUCUGUAUGAGACACAAAUGCGCAAGAGUUCAAUAGAUUGGACAGCAAUUCGGUACAUGCUGAGUGAGGUGCAUUACGGUGGUCGUGUCACGGAUGACAUGGACAAGAGACUUCUCACGGAAUUCACGGAGAUGUGGUUCAAUAGCGCCCUUGCAGGGGAUGAUUUUGAGUUCCGCGAAGGCUUCCCGAUGGUUAGGUUGAAAACAAAGGAGCUGUAUGUGAAGUAUUUCAAUGCAAUGGAUGUCGAUGAGGGCCCUGAAAUGUGUGGUUUGCAUCAGAAUGUGGAAAUUAAUCACAAUGUGAUGAUUAUUGAGGGAAUUCUCGAUACAAUCAUUGCCGUUCAGCCAAAGGUGGCAACAUCCGGGAAGGAUGGUGAAACAAUUGAAGUUCAGGUGACGAGGCAGGUGGAGGAGCUACUGAAGAAGCUCCCUGAGCCCUUUGACGCCCUCAAAGUGGAGGCAAAACUCACCGAAAUGGGCACCCUGAAUCCCAUGGCGAUCUUCCUGAGGCAGGAAGUUAAUGCCAUGCAAUCCCUCCUUGCAGUUGUGCGGAAGAAUCUCCGAGAUUUGCUCUUAGCCAUCGAUGGGAUGAUUGUAAUGAGUCCAGCACUGCAGGAUUCAAUGGACAGCCUACACAAUGGGAUGAUUCCGAAAGUUUGGGAACGGAGUAGUUGGCCAACAACGGAUAAAUUGGGCUUCUGGUUUGCAAAUCUUCUCCAGAGGGUUGAAUUUCUUAAUUCUUGGAUUUUUUAUGGUCGUCCAAAUCUCUUCUGGUUCGGUGGGCUCUUCAAUCCAAAUGGUUUCCUAACAGCAAUUCGGCAGGAGGGUGUAAAGCAGCAUGCAGACUGGCCUCUGGAUACGGUCAAGUUGGACAAUGAGGUGCUCACAAUGAUGCCUGCGGAUUGCAAGAAGGCCGUGCGAGAGGGUGUCCUGAUGCACGGACUCGUCCUCGAAGGGGCUGGAUGGGAUCGUAAAAAUUCAGCUUUGUGUGAAUUGCAGCCCAAAGUGGUGCACACCCUGAUGCCGGUCUUUCAUGUCUUUGCUGUGUCCGGGAAGGUCGUGAAUACGUAUGAAACGUACGAAUGCCCUGUCUACCGUACGGGGAAGCGCAAGGAGUGUGUCACGACGUUCAAAUUGAGAACGAUAAAGAGGCCACGGGAUGCAAAGGACGCCAAUUGGAUUCUCCGUGGAACAGCCCUGAUAACCAAAGUCCUCGCGGAAUGUAUCCGUGCAGCCCACCAGCAACUCCAACCGUACUCAAGAGUCCAAGAAUGGAGUCAGCAUCGGUGUGCGAAUUGAAACCCUCCCAGAGAUCCCCGGGAUGUUCCCUCAAGUUUUCCAUUGCAAAAAUAAUGGAGCCCGACAAGGGGACAUCGCGGAAACCCUCACCACCGCUCACGG